AUGAAAGUUGAAACCACUUAUGAAAAAUCUGGUAACAGCGCUUUACUGGAUGGCAUUGAACAACUUAUUAACCGAUCACUCGCUACCUGCGACAUGGGUGGUAUUUCAUUUCAUUUUUCAGUUGCCAUUCCGAAACAUUACAAGUCUCAAUACCAUGUUGGAUUUUUAGGACUACUUGAAAAUGGUGAUCAAUCAGAAUCGAGCAGCUCUCAGAUAGAACAGUUUGGAAUAUCCGUUCGAACAGAUAUCAAUACUCUCUAUGUUUUGCAAGAUUUCGAAACGUUUAUCAUCAAGUUCAGUCCAGUCAUUGAUGUCACAAAAAUUGGAAUGAUUACAAUGAAAAAUUACUAUGACCUUGGAAUUAGUGAAUUCGAAAGAUUCUCAACUGUCAUCAGAUAUAUGAAAUCAGUUGUAAAAAUCGAAAGAGAGGGAAGAAUGGAACGUAUUCCUGUCAAUGAUGUGGUUCGAAAUGUAUUAGAACAUUCAGAAUCCGACUAUACCACUUGGUAUGGAUUAAAUUAUGAAACCAAGUUUGUUCUUCAACCUUGUUCAAGCAAUCGUUUAACCAAGCAAGAGAAAGAAGAAGAAAGUAAGGGUUUUGAGGAGGAGUUCAAACAGAUCAGGCCUAUCCAAAGACAAAAGAAAUAUCUACGAGAAGAUAUUAUGUGUUUGGAUGAUAAUGACGACGAAAAGGUAAUGAGUGAGCUUGAAAAAGCAUGUGUGAGUUGUGGAGUGGAUUGUGGUGUGAUUGGCUUAAAGGUCACUUCAGAAACCCUUGCUAGCUACAAGAAAUAUCUUGGAAAAGAAGAACUUAUUUGUGGUCCAAUUUGUGCUGCAUGUAGAAAUCAGUAUCGACGAAACGUGAGUUAUUCUAAGAAGUAA